AUGCAGAACAGAGCUCUUGCUAUCGAUCGAUCGCCGGCGCAGGGAAAAUUUACGCUGAGGAUUGAUUGCGAUGGGCUUCUUGUGUCUGACCCAAACAGACCCGGCAUCCUUACGUCAAAGCCGGCAGCUGAGGCUGCCCUCUAUUUUCGACUAGAGACACUUUUGACGGCCCCGAUCAUGCAACAAAUUAAGAUCAAGUGCUUCCAUGUUUGCGGAGAAGUCGAGUCCGAUGAGGGUGCUUGCUUGGUAACUCUCUGGGGCGUUGGAGAUUGGCUUGUAGAGCAAUAUCGACAAGCAGGGAAGUCCGCUUCUUAUGAAAAAUGGACUAGAGAGAGUGCAGAGGAUUGGAACGAUCCAGACAUACUACUCACAGUGUUCAUCGACCAAUGAAGGGAAGCAUCUCUAAUAUAAUUGCCUCGCUACUUUUCACCCUAUAAGCCGGUUUCAUGGAUGACCGACCCUAUUAAAGCAAAGUAGCGAUACCUAAGCUACGAAGACGCGAAAACGACCACAAACUCAACCACAACAGAUGCGUUCUUCUCAUUGCGUAUGUCCGACUUCCAAAAUCGUGAGCCUCGGCAAGCUGGCCGUUUAAACACUAUUCAAAAGACUCCCACUUCAUGAUUCGCCAAACAUGACCUCGCAUCAGGAAACCCCUCCCCCCCCCCCCGCCCCCCAAUUCAGUGAAAUCUGU